AUGGCUCGUGGCGUCAAAGGCUACUUCACUGCUGCGCAAAGCCAGUGGUUCUCCGACCAUAAGAAGGAGUAUCUGGCGAAAUGUGGCAAGUUCAAGACGACGGCAAUCGGGGAGCCCACGCCUCUGGACGAUGCGGACAUGAAGGAGUGGCGUGACGCGCGUUGGAAGGAGUUUGUUAGUCUCUUCAGGGACGAUAUGAAGAUGAUCAAACAUAGCGAUGGUACUGACAUCCGUGCUGAGGAAUGGGAGAAAAUGUACCAACGCAAGUGGAUCAAUAUCAAGGCCACGUACAAGCCUCCCACGGAGCAUGAUCGACCGUUCUUCUUGUUCUCCGACACGGCAGCUUCCGACUUCACCGGGCGCGAGCUCUUUCGACAGGAAAACCAUCUCAACAUCAACACUGCAGCAAAUGAAGAACGGGCUCGUCUGGGCUUGGACAGCAAGCAACAUGCUGGUCUCUACAGCAAACACCUGUCCGCCGCCUGGAAUUCACUGAGCGACGAUCAGCAAGCUGUGUUCACGGAUCGGGCAAUAGCAGCCAGAGAUCUUCGGUCUACGCUGCAGGCGGAUACAUCCACAUCUCUUGAGGCUACGUACAGGAAUCAGCGUAUCUUCAGCGACACGAUCCGCCGGAUCUUGUCAGGAAUGAUCGGCUAUGGUCCGCAGAAAAUCGGAAACGCAACCUUUCACCUCCUUUACACAUACUGUGACGCCGACAACAUGAUGAAAAGUGGCGUCUCGUCUGACACACAGAAUAACAGCAUAGAUGUUCGUCCUGACCCCAGCAUAGUGCCGUUCACAGAGAGGGUGCCAAACUUUCAGAAAACUACCAAGAAGCGGUGGAUCGAAUAUUGUAAAGAGGUCCUCUACCCCUCUACUGUUGCCACAACCCCGAGUACCAUGCCUUCGGAGCCGUCAAACAUGCACACUGACGCCGCACCAAGUCUGGCGCUCUCAACCGCUCCAGCCUCGGAUGCAACACCCUCAUCUUCAAACAAUGACAUGAGCAAAACAGCUGCGCAGCUUAUAUCUGCAUCGGGAAGCACUUCUACAUGUGCCACUGCAGAGCCAGGUACUGAAGAGCAACCGGCUGCUCUGCGUACCACCGGAGAAUCAGUAUUGAAAGUUCCCCGUUCAAUCACUCCUCUCACUCCUUUGCCAUUGGAUGACGAGGCGAACAUUAAUAUGGCCAAUACAGCUCACGGAGAUGCACCCAUUCCCUCCCCGGUGCCUCGCAGCCCCAAACGCCGCAUUGAUGCAACCGAUUCCGAGGGAAGAGGUACGGUAAAACGUGCACGUGGCUCCCGCCCGAAGCCCCCUGCCGUUCAUAUCGCAGAGGCUGGUCGACCGAAGCGUGGCUCAAAGCCCGUGAACAAGGACUACAUCAAGUCAGUCGCUAUCCCAACAACGAAACGCCGAUUAUCUGAACGCUGGGUGUACGAAGAAGCGGAUGAAUAG